AUGCCCACAGACCUUAGGAAACGGAAACCCGAAUCAAGCGCCCUGCCGAGUACGGUCUUGAAUCCUAGGCCCAAGCCAAACGAAGUUGGACAUGCGGCGUCGAACCGGCAGAAACCAACGAUAGCACCGACGGUCUUCAUGCUGCUCAUCGUCGGAUUGAUGUUCGCGCUAUUCCCGAUAUUCUAUUACACUCAAGUGAUGAUCCCCGAUCCCGAAUCGAAAACAAUCCUCUCUAACUUCAGGAAUAAAGGCAACACCAUCCUCAACGCUCUUGGACAUACUUCUUCUGCCGGCGACGGUCGUAUCCCUUUCAACGCUGAACACAAAUCCCAGCCUCCAAUCCAACCGGCUGCCCAAACAAAUCAUAACGUUGGAAUGGCUGCACCUGCCGAAAAAGCGGGUCACUCAACCGAGACAGGAACGAUGUCCGCAAUCCCAGAUUCUACAACGACGACGACUACGACCACCCAGAGAGAGACAAAAGGAGAUAAGAAAACGCUGAGCCCAGAGGAACAGAAGAAGCUAGAUGAAGAGCUUGGAUUAUUUUGGGAAGCCUCUAGCCGAUACCGACGGGAAGCGCAGAAACAGAAAGCGGGGCAAUACUCCUUACAAGGCGAUGGAACGUCGGCAUCCAAAGAAGAAGAAGCACCCUUGCUCGAUCUGCUACCCGACGCCGAUCCGGAUGCCAAAGAAGGCCUCACCCCCGAGUUCUGGGACGCUAUCAAGGACCAGUUUAGUGCUGAUGACUUGACUGUGGUUCUGAACGAUAUGCGUCGUACGGAACAAGCCGCUCAAGCUAAAACCCAUUGA